UGUACAAAAAUUGUUUAUUUUAUAUCCACGUUUUUGAACAAAAAUCCGCAUUUAAAUGUUUUGGGAGUAAACCAUACUCCUCUGCCUCCCCCGUGUGGCCGUGACGUGGUACUGCAGCCUUGACUUAACCUCUGCGUUUCCGGUCCCACCACAACAGUCCGUCUGGGUCCAACAUGGCAACCAGCUGGGGGAUCUGCAGCGCGGGGAAGAUCAGCCACGACUUCACCGUGGCCCUCAACACGCUUCCGGAUGAAGACCACCGGGUUGUGGCCGUGGCGGCUCGCAGAUUAGAAGAUGCUCAGGAAUUUGCCAAAAAGCACAACAUCCCCCGGGCGUACGGCAGCUACGAGGAGCUGGCCAGAGAUCCAGAUAUAGACGUGGUGUACGUCGGCGUCAUCAACCCCCACCACCUGAGCGCCUGUCGGCUCUUCGCGGACGCCAAGAAGAACGUGCUGUGCGAGAAGCCGCUGGCCAUGAACGCCAAGGAGGUGAAGGAGAUCCUGAGCUCGGCCGAGAGGAACGACGUCUUCCUCAUGGAGGCCGUCUGGACCCGGUUCUUCCCGGCCUCCGUGGAGAUCAAGCGGCUGCUGGCCCGAGGCGAGGUGGGCGAGGUGAAGGUGGUGAGGGCCGAGUUCGGCCUGCCGUUGAAGGACGUGCCGAGGUCGGCGCAGAAGGAGCUGGGCGGAGGGGCGACGUUCGACCUCGGCGUCUACUGCUUGCAGUUCGUGUGCAUGGUGUACGACGGAGAGAAGCCAGAGAGCAUCCAGGCCACGGGGGUCUGCAUGGAGACGGGAGUGGACGAGACCGUCGUCGUCGCCAUGAAGUUCUCCAGGGACAGGCUGGCGGUGUUAACCUACUCUACAGGUGUAGAGUUGUCCAACGACGCCGUCAUCGUGGGGUCAAAGGGCAGCAUCAGGAUCCCCGCCCACAUGUGGUGCCCCACGUCGUUGGUCGUGAACGGGAAGGAGACCCGGUACCCGGUGCCGCCCCCCCGUCUGCCUCUCAACUUCCUCAACAGCACGGGGAUGCGCUACGAGGCGGAGGAGGUUCGGCAGUGUUUGCUCAAAGGACUAAAGGAGAGUGCGGUCGUCUCCCACGCCGACUCCCUCCUGCUGGCGGAGGUGGAGGAUGAGAUCCGCCGCCAGGUGGGGGUGGAGUACCGCCAGGACGCCAGAGACGAGGAGCGUGGAGCUCGAUGACGUCGCCAUGUUGAAAAAAACAGUUUGCGGAGCAUGAAUACUUCUUUAUGGCCUCAUAAUAAACUUCCUACGGAGGUCAAAACUGAA